AUGUCCUUCGAUGACAAAUUCGAGAAGAUGUUGUGGUCACCCAACGUCUGCAUAGUGAAUACUAAAUCGACAACUGUACACAAGUCGCCAAAACCAAAUGUCUUGUUGAUGUUGAUGCCAAACGGAACAAUUUGGCUCAAUUAUAGGGCAAGUUACAUGGCCAUUACUGCAGCUUCAGAUUUGAAAGCAAAACAUGAAGAUUACGGUAGUUCUAAUGCCGUUAAAGUCGAGUCCCCGUGUUCGAUGAAUCUUGAGCGAUUUCCUAUCGACGAACAAGUUUGCUCACUGGUAUUCGAGAGCUAUUCCUACAAUACAGCAACAGUGAAGAUCGAAUGGAUGCCCAUACCAAUUACAGUACUCGAUGACAUCAGUUUGCCGGAUUUUGAUCUAGCCGGCAUACGCACAUUCAAACACACUGAGUCCUACAAAGCUGGAGAAUGGUAUCGACUCACUGUAGAGCUCAGAUUCAAACGCCGUUAUGGUUUUUACAUAUUACAGAUGUACUUCCCAACAUACAUUUCCGUGUUCAUCUCAUGGAUAGCAUUCUGUAUCGACUCCAAAGCCUUACCGGCACGGAUUGUGCUUGGAGUCAAUUCACUGAUGUCUCUGACAUUUCAGUUUGGUAACAUCAUACGCUCUCUGCCACCGGUCUCCUAUAUCAAAGCAAUCGAUAUAUGGAUGUUCACAUGUGUUGCCUUCAUUUUUGCAUCUCUUCUUGAAUUGGCAUUCGUCGCCUAUCAAGACAAAAAACUACUUCUAAAGUCGAGCCGAUCUGGUAAUACACUGAAUGCUAUGCUAACCUUAAUGAAGCACAUUAUACCGUUUGGUGAUGUACGAGAGGAUACGAUUCCGGAGCCAUGGGUAGAGAACGAAGAGCGGCGGAAAACCAUUGAUGACGUUUGUCUCUUCCCGACCGCCAAGGUCGUAACCAUAAAUAUAAGAGCUGUUGGCUUGCUCAGGAACUCUUCAAUCAAUUCUGACGUGUUCACUUCGGAGGCCAACUCGCUCGAUCGAGAACUCGCGGCUCGGCGGCGAAUGCACUACCUGAAGAAGAAACGACGACUUAUUGACUUUGGCAAUCAGGUCGAUCGGAUCUCAUUUUUCGUCUUUCCCACGUCCUUUCUGGCUUUCAACAUCUUCUACUGGGGCUUCUACCUCCAAGAGCCGUCAUCAUCAUCAACAUCAGACGGGUGA